CCGGAAGUUGCUAGCUACGUGUCGUCCAUUACCUUGACAUACGUCAGUUAAAGCGACGUGAGUAGCAGUGUUUCGCAGAACAUUCGAGAGGUCCCCUCAAAACCCCCCGAGGACUUUCCAGAUAACCUCCGAGCCUGGCGCCUGCACUGUUUGGACGCUUUAGGGUGUUGAACUGUGCAUCUUUGAGAGCUGAAAAAACAUCAAGAACCCCUGCUGUAAUCAAUACAACACCAGCACCAGCCAUCGGCCACCGUUCACUGCGGCUCUUGGACGAUCAGCGUUGUGUUUAUGUCUUUGUUUUGCGAAAACGAGCUGUUGCGCAGCCGUUGGAACCUGUGUGGUGGAAAUCUAGUCUUCAAGCAAGGAGCUUGCGGCCACAGCGGCACAGCGUUUUUCAUGUCAGAGACAGAGCGCGCUUGCAGUCGUUUAUGUCAUCCCCUCUUUUCCAGACAGAAGAUCCCGAAAAAUCCCCAACCAAGAUCCUUUUAUCUUACUGAUAGUGCUAACAUCCAGCCAAAAUGUCUGUCAACGUCAACCGCAGCGUGUCAGACCAGUUCUAUCGCUACAAGAUGCCCCGUCUGAUUGCCAAGGUUGAAGGCAAAGGGAAUGGAAUCAAGACGGUCAUUGUCAACAUGGUAGAUGUUGCAAAGGCACUGAACAGGCCUCCAACAUACCCAACCAAGUUUUUUGGUUGUGAACUCGGUGCUCAGACCCAGUUUGAUAGCAAAAACGACCGUUACAUCGUCAACGGAUCCCACGAGGCGAACAAGUUGCAGGACAUGCUUGAUGGGUUCGUCAGAAAAUUUGUGCUGUGUCCCGAGUGCGACAACCCUGAAACUGAUCUGCAUGUCAACCCCAAGAAACAAACCAUUGGCAAUUCCUGUAAAGCCUGUGGAUACCGCGGCAUGCUUGACACCAGACACAAACUCUGCACGUUCAUCCUCAAAAACCCACCAGAGAGCACUGAAGGUGGUGCAUCUGUAAAGAAAGAGAAGGAGAAGAAGAACCGCAAGAAGGACAAGGAGAACGGCUCCGGCAGCGGAGAGGCUGGAAGCACAGAAAACUUUGAUGCUCCUCAGGCUGUGGAUGGAGAUGAUGAUGAUGAGGACUGGGCAGAGGAGACUACAGAGGAGGCGCAGAGGAGGCGAAUGGAGGAAAUCAGCAACCACGCCAAGAACCUCACGCUCAGCGAGGACCUGGAGAAGCCCCUGGAGGAGAGAGUCAACCUUUUCUACAACUUUGUGAAGCAUAAGAAGGAGACUGGAACCAUCGACGCAGCUGAUAAGGAGAUCUUGGCGGAGGCAGAGCGUCUGGAUGUGAAGGCCAUGGGCCCCCUCAUCCUCAGCGAGCUGCUCUUCAACGAGAACAUCCGCGACCAGAUCAAGAAGUACAAACGCCACUUCCUGCGAUUCUGCCACAACAACAAGAAGGCCCAGAAGUAUCUGCUGGGGGGUUUCGAGUGUGUCGUGAAGCUGCAUCAGGUCCAGCUGCUGGCUCGAGUCCCCAUCAUCCUCAAAGAACUGUACGACUCGGACCUGCUGGAGGAAGAUGUCAUCUUCGCCUGGGCAGAGAAGGUUUCUAAGAAGUACGUCUCUAAGGAACUUGCCAAAGAAAUCCACGCUAAGGCUGCUCCUUUUGUGAAAUGGCUGAAGGAGGCGGAGGAGGAGAGCGAGGGCAGCGAGGAAGAGGAGGUGGAAGAUGAUGAGAACGUGGAGGUGGUGUACUCGUCCUCUGCCCGCGAGCUCAAAGUUGAGACUGUGAAACCCGACAAGGCUGAAAAAGAAGAGGACGACAUUGACAUUGAUGCGAUCUGAGACUCGGAGGAUGAUGCUCUCCUUGUGUUGUGCUUUGACUCACGAUGCCCUGUAUACCACCUAAAUGGCUGGCCUCUCCCUCCUUUACUUACCCCCCACCUCCCAACCCUCCUCUGCUUUGUGGCAUGACUUAACAUAGCGCUUUACUUGCUGCACAUUAACUCUGUAAUUUUGAGAUGUAUUCAGUUGAUGAAAUGAAGUCGCUUGGGGAUUUUAAUCAUGGGUGUUUGGGGAUCAUUUUGACUGCACAUUUUUCUUUUUUUUGGUCCCUGUAUUUUUCCAGUCAAUAAAGAAUGAAUGUUUUGCUAUCCACCA